AUGGCCUCAACGCCUUGGUUCAGGUUGCCGGCGACGUUCUGGAUAUUAAGCGCGUUUCCUUCGGCGGCCAUGACGGUUAACACGGAACAAGAUCACCCUCGUACGACGGGUACGUGCACUACGAUGACGCGUGUAUUGCGAAAACGUGCGGAAACACUCAGCGCGGAAACGGCGGUUACGAAUUCGUGCGUGUACGCAAAGGAAAACUUUGCACUUGAAGAGGUCACCAAUGUGGCGUUCGUGUCGUUAUCACGAUCGAACACCAACGAUCAAAAAAUAAACGAGAACGCGUUUAACGUGUAA